AUGACAACAAAUAAGACAACAGCUAGUAUAAAUCCAUUCUUUAAUAAAACUAAACUGGAUGAGUUGUUUGAUGCUGCAAAGGCUGGUGAUGUUGAUAAGGUCAGAACGUUUAUAGAGAAGGAUGGACUAAAGGCCGACGCAUUGGAUGAGGACGAGAGAACAUUGUUGCAUUGGGCCGCCGCAAAUGGUAGAAUGGACGUAGCAGCCUACUUAAUUAACGAACAUAAGAUAUCGCCAAAUACAUGUGACGACGGAGGAUGGACCCCGUUGCUCAGUGCCAGCAGCUCAGGACACGCACAUAUGGUUCGUCUACUGCUGGAGAACAAUGCCGAUGCCAACUGUGCCAACGAGGCCAAGAGGACACCGCUGCACUACGCUUGCUCCAAGGGCAAGGCUGACAUUGUGGACCUGCUGCUGCAAAAUGGCGCCAAGUCCAGGAAGGACGACACUGGUGCCUCGCCAAUACAUAGAGCCGCGGCCAAUGGAUCGGUGGUGAUCAUCGAACGAUUGAUCAAGGCUGAGAAGAACAACAUUGACUCACAGAAUGUUGAGGGAGACACUGCUGCUCACAUUGCAGUGAUGUAUGGCUAUGACGAAGUUGUCACCUUGUUGCUAUCACUUGGCGCAGACUUUACCAUUGAGAACAAAGAGAAGAAGACACCAAUCCAACUGGCAUCACCAAGUAUCAGAGUACAAAUGAUGUCUCGGCUGUCUGUGUCGCUGGCGAUACCUUUGUCUGUCUGUCUGUGGACGAGCCCAUUGGCAGUUAAGUGA